GGAUCUAGUGGUUGACUUGCGGGAUGGUAGCCAAUCAUUGCUAAAAGGUUAACUGUGCGUACUGCGUACUACAGAAUGAAGCACGGCAGCGCCGGUGGAUCAGCAACACGCUGACGGGUGUCAUAAGAUCAUUUGAAGGACUCGCUACGAGGGUUCCCUCACAUUUUGUACCGUUUUAGAGGUGGAGUUUACCGGUUGGUCCGACCCAAGUGAUGGCCGCGGUGCAAGAUGGACCGUGGAAGAGCCUGAGCUCGGGGAAGAAAGUAGCUUUGGCUGCCGGCCUCUCUGUGGGCGCCACGGUGGGCUACCUUGUUUACCGUCAUAUUCGAAGCAGCAGUGUGCAAUGCCAAAGCAAAGAGGAGUCCAGAAUAUCUGUUCCCCUUAACGUGUACCGAUCUAUUGCAAGAUAUCAAAGCGCCUUUCUAGACCUAGUGAAUCAGAAGUCUGGUGCCCAGAUAAAUGUGCUGCCGAACACUGAAGAGCAGAGCAUGGUGAAUUUUCUGAUCCAGGGCUCACCCGAGCAGAUUCUGGUGGCACAGUGUGCGCUGGAGAAACUGGCCACCGACUGUGAGGUCAUCACUGAUGUUAUAGACGUGCCUCAGACGGCAUUUGGGCGAAUUAUAGGUCGUGGUGGUGAGACCUUAAAGUUCAUAAACAGAGUCUCAGGGGCCAGGGUAAACUGCUCCAAAGAUCGUGGACAUGGCUUAGAGGAGAAGGGCAAGAUCACAAUUACCGGCACCCGCAAGGAAGUUCAAAGUGCAAAGGAGAUGAUCAUGGAGAAGGUCAUAGAGAAUGAAACUGUACGGAAGCGGAUAAGUCAAGCUUCUGCACUGCGUCAGAAAAGGAAACCGCCGGAAAUUGAGCAAUUUAACAAGGCCCAAGGACCAGAGAAUGAAUUAUUAAAGCUUAAUGGAAAAGAUUUACCUUCCCCAGUGAUUGAGCUUAAACAAGAGGAGCCUGCUACGGUCAACGGCUUUGCAGACGGCAGUGAUACUGCUGAAAACUCUCUUAAAUCAGAGGAGGAGGAGAUUCUCUCUCCAGUAUCGCCUUUGGAGAUCUCCAAAUUUGAAAUUCCUAGUCCAGACCUGAGCUUCCAGCCCGAUGAGCAUCUGGAGGUGUAUGUGUCUGCCUCUGAGAAUCCUCAACACUUUUGGAUCCAAAUCCUGGGGGUCCGAUCUCUACAGCUGGAUAAACUGACUGCCGAAAUGAGCCGUUUCUACAACAGUGAUACCUCACAAGAGCACAGAGUGGAGACCAUUAUUGUUGGAGACAUAGUAGCUGCUCCAUACAGGGACCAUGGCACGUGGAAUCGUGCUCGAGUGUUAGGAAUUCUGGGCUCUGGCCUGGUGGAUUUGUAUUAUGUGGACUUUGGGGACAAUGGGGAACUUCCACGGGAACAUUUACGAAGCAUGAGAAGUGACUUCCUGAGUCUGCCCUUCCAAGCAAUUGAGUGCAGCCUAGCAGGGGUUCGUCCUGCAGGAGAGGUUUGGACUGAGGCAGCCCUGGAUGACUUCGAACGCAUGACAUACUGUGCUGAAUGGAAACCUUUACUAGCCAAACUGUACAGCUAUUCUCAUUCUGAGAUCUCGUCCUGGCCCAGUGUGAAACUCUAUGACAACAGCCAGGGAAAGGCUGUGGAUCUGGGUAAGGAGUUGAUUAGUCUUGGUCAUGCUGUAAGCUGCGAGGAUGAAGGGAUUGGGCUGAGGGGAGACUGGGAUGAGUCCAGAUCAUUACAGAAGAUGCUGGAUGAUAUGACUGGAGCGACCUCUGAAUUCAGUAUGUCCUGCAUCAGUUUGUCAGGUUCAGCAUAUCCGUGGGUAAGCAAGAAGCUGGAAUGGUCUUCGUGUCUCACAAGCUCUUUGGAGGUGGAGCGAGCUGACGUGGACCAGAGCCCGUGUUUUGGACUCAUGUCUUCCUCUUCCCUGAUCCACUCCACUCCAUCUCAGAACCUGAGUGAUCUAGUCAGCCAAAUACUUGAGUCGUCUUCUUCCGCGCUAGACCCUCCAAUCCAGUCCAACAACUUAACCCCAGUGUCACCAUUACAUGUCCUGUCAGUUCAGGAAAUCUCGUCCACAUCUCCUUCCUGUGUGGAGGCUGUAACAUCAGCUCUGGAUUCCUUUACUCUUAGUGAUGACGUUUUCCUUGGCAUGCAUUGUUACGGCAAGAAGAUGACAUCUACUGCGUCAGAAGAGACGGGCUCAUCUUGUACAGUGGACAGUUACAGUGAAAAUACAGAGAGCAGUAACAGCAGUGAUGGCAUCAGAGGAGUGUGGUAUUACCUUACUUCCUCUAGGGACUCGUCCGAGGCAUCUCUCAGCACCACGAUGCCUCAGUCGUCCACUGCAUCAUCUUCGUAUUUGACAGAAUCUUGUGACGGGACCACUUCUUCCUCUGUCUCUGUGAUUGAACUGAGCUCAGAUUUAUCCAGGAGUGUUGAAGAUGCUGAAGUGGCACUCAGUCCAGCUAAUCUGACUCAUCCACACCCGAAUCCAGAGGUUAUCGCUCUGAGUGACAGUAGCAGCUGUGGAAGUGACUUAAUUAGCACUUCUAAAGAGCAUAAACAUGAGUCAUUUACAGAAGGAAAUUUAGAUGAACCAAACCUGCUAAAAAGUGAUGUGAAAUGCCAGACGCAAAACGUGAAUGGUGAAAGUGUAACUGGAGGAAGAGGAAGUAAACAAGACCUUCAGGAACCAAAGAACAUGGAUUUCAGAAGUGAAAAGGGGAUCAGUGGUGAAGACAAUUCAACAAGAGAAGUUGCCUCAAUUUCUGGAAGUGUGGAUGACACUAUUGAUGAGGAAUUCAACUGACAAAAGACCAAAGAAAUGUAUGCCUUGAUAUUGAGACCAGUCGUUAUCUUCAUUUAGCAUUCAGCACAUGCUUCCCGUCUCUGAGAAAGAGCCUUACUUGACUACGCCACCUGACUGUAUUUACUGCAUAAGUUCUCUCAUAUAAGGAAUGGUUUUCAGUGUUCAUAUCUUGUCUAAACUUUUCAGGACAUCUUGUAGGCAUUUGAUUUUUUUUUUUUUUUUUUUUUUUUUUUUUAAAUGGUUUACACUUGUUCUCAUUGUGUUCAUCUCAUUUACAUAUAAAAUGUUGCAUAUUUAUUUUGGUCUGAAGAACAGAUAAUAGACAGUUGAAGAGCAGAGCUCAGGGAACUCAUGUUUGAGUCAGAAACCUCAGUAUUGUUGCAGUGUGUAGCACCAAGGUUCCUUUGGUUUGUUUUUUUUCAGUGAUAAGAUGGUUCUGCUUUUGUUGAUGGAUCAUUUUUGGUUUUUGUACAGUUUCUCAUUUUCUGUGUCAAAACUAUUUAUGUUGUGAAUUGAGUUUUAUUACAUUGAAUGCUAUGGUAUAUAUGUGUAUACAAUCAAAUAAAGUCUAUUAUUAUACCCCA